UUUGUUCCAAUUAUAGGUGGACCAAUAGGUAGUAUGCUUGCACUUUAUCAAGUCUAUCUUUCAACUACAUUUGGCAUUCCUUUAUGGCUGUUUUUACAAAUGAUAAUGAAUAUUGCUAUUGAUCUUAUAUUCAGUAUCAUCCCACUCCUCGGUGGUUUCCUUCAUAUGUUUUACAAAGCAAAUACAUAUAAUUAUGAGGCAUUA